GAUAGUACAGGCCACUGUACCUAAUCAAAUCUGUUGUUUACUGAAAAGAAUAUCCUGCAAAAGCUAAGCUAUUGCUAAUUAGGCUGCUCAUUUGGAUCCAGAUCUCCAAAGCCUUUGUGCUAUAAACAAAUCGUGGGGUUUCCCCCUCUACAAUCCCAAGGCACCGAGGACGCGCACCACCAGUCCAGGUCCUCACCCCAGCUUCGCCACUCUCUCCACCAAUGCCUCCACGCUUGCGCGCCACCAGAGCGAGGUUUCUUGCGCUCCUCGCGUGCGUCUGCUCAGCGCUGCUCGUGCCGUGCCACUGCGUCAACGAGCAAGGGCAGGCGUUGCUGCGAUGGAAGGAGUCGAUGAACGCGACGGGCGGCGGCGCGCUCGGCUCGUGGAAGGCGUUGGACGCGUCACCGUGCCGGUGGUUCGGCGUGUCGUGCGACGCGCGCGGCGACGUCGUGUCGCUGAGCAUCAAGUCGGUCGACCUCGGCGGGGCGCUGCCGGCGGGCCUGCAGCCGCUGAGGCGGUCGCUCAAGACGCUGGUGCUCUCCGGGACCAACCUCACCGGCGCGAUCCCCAAGGAGCUCGGCGUCCUCGCCGAGCUGACCACGCUUGACCUCAGCAAGAACCAGCUGUCCAGCGCGAUCCCGGCCGAGCUGUGCCGGCUCGUGAAGCUCCAGUCGCUGGCGCUCAACUCCAACUCGUUGCGGGGCGCCAUCCCUGACGACAUUGGCAACCUCACCAGCUUGACUUACCUGACACUCUACGACAACGAGCUGAGCGGCGCGAUCCCGGCGAGCAUCGGCAACCUGAAGAAGUUGCAGGUGCUGCGCGCCGGCGGGAACCAGGCGUUGAAGGGUCCGUUGCCACCAGAGAUCGGUGGGUGCACCGACCUGACCAUGCUUGGACUCGCCGAGACCGGCCUCUCUGGGAGCCUCCCGGAGACGAUCGGUCAGCUCAAGAAGAUCCAAACCAUCGCCAUCUACACCGCAAUGCUCACCGGCCCCAUCCCGGAGAGCAUCGGCAACUGCACCGAGCUCACCAGCCUCUACCUGUACCAGAAUUCCCUCUCCGGUCCAAUCCCGCCGCAGCUCGGCCAGCUGCGCAAGCUGCAGACGGUGCUCUUGUGGCAGAACCAGCUCGUCGGCACGAUCCCGCCGGAGAUCGCCAACUGCAAGGAGCUCGUGCUCAUCGACUUGUCGCUGAACGGGCUCACCGGGCCCAUCCCGAGCAGCUUUGGCACUCUGCCGAACCUGCAGCAGCUGCAGCUCAGCACGAACAAGCUGACCGGCGCCAUCCCACCAGAGCUCUCCAACUGCACGUCGCUGACCGACGUUGAGGUGGACAACAACGAGCUAACCGGGGAGAUUGACAUCGACUUCCCGAGGCUGCGCAACCUGACGCUGUUCUACGCGUGGCAGAACCGGCUCACCGGUCCUGUGCCGGCGAGCCUGGCCCAGUGCGAGGGCUUGCAGUCGCUGGACCUCUCCUACAACAACCUCACCGGCCCCGUCCCGAGGGAGCUGUUCGCGCUCCAGAAUCUGACCAAGCUACUGCUCCUCAACAACGACCUAUCCGGGUUCAUACCACCGGACAUCGGCAACUGCACCAACCUUUACCGGCUCCGCCUCAACGACAACCGGUUGUCGGGGACGAUACCAGCAGAGAUCGGCAACCUCAAGAACCUCAAUUUCCUUGACUUGGGAAGCAACCGCCUCGUCGGCCCGGUGCCGUUGGCGUUGUCCGGGUGCGACAACCUCGAAUUCAUGGACCUGCACUCGAAUGCUCUUUCCGGCACAUUGCCAGACGAGCUGCCACGCAGUCUCCAGUUCGUGGACAUCGCCGACAACAAGCUCAAUGGGCUGUUGGGGCCAGGCAUUGGGUCGCUGCCGGAGCUGACGAAGCUUAACCUUGGGAAGAAUCGGAUCUCCGGCGGUAUACCGACGGAGCUCGGUUCUUGCGAGAAGCUCCAGCUGCUGGACCUCGGCGACAACGCGCUCUCCGGUGGCAUCCCGCCGGAGCUCGGAAAGCUUCCCUCGCUGGAGAUUUCGCUUAACCUCAGCUGUAACCGUCUCUCCGGGGAGAUUCCAUCGCAGUUCGGCGAGCUCGAUAAGCUCGGCUCCCUCGAUGUGUCGUACAAUCAGCUCUCCGGCAGCCUCGCGCCUCUCGCAAGGUUGGAGAACCUCGUCACACUGAACAUCUCCUUCAACGCAUUCUCCGGCGAGCUCCCAGACACGCCCUUCUUCCAGAAGCUUCCGCUUAGCGACAUCACGGGCAACCACCUGCUUGUUGUCGGCACCGGCGCCGACGAGACCUCCCGGCGCGCGGCCAUCUCGGCCUUAAAGCUGGUCAUGACAUUCCUUGCCGUGGUGAGCGCGCUCCUCCUCCUGACGGCCACCUACGUGCUCGCGCGCUCGCGCCGCCGCGACGGCAACAUCCACAGCGCCGACGAGGCUUGGGAGGUGACCCUGUACCAGAAGCUGGACUUCUCCGUGGACGACGUGGUGCACGCGCUGACAUCUGCAAACGUGAUCGGCACGGGCAGCUCGGGCGUGGUGUACCGCGUGGAGCUCCCCAACGGCGACUCGCUCGCCGUGAAGAAGAUGUGGUCGUCCGACGAGGCUGGCGCGUUCCGCAACGAGAUCUCGGCGCUGGGCUCCAUCCGGCACCGCAACAUCGUGCGGCUGCUGGGGUGGGGCGCGAAUCGCAGCACCAAGCUGCUCUUCUACACCUACCUCCCCAACGGCAACCUCAGCGGGUUCCUCCACCGUGGCGGCGUCAAGGGCGCCGCCGAGUGGGGCCCACGCUACGACAUCGCGCUCGGCGUCGCGCACGCGGUGGCGUACCUCCACCACGACUGCCUGCCCGCCAUCCUGCAUGGCGACAUCAAGGCCAUGAACGUCCUGCUCGGCCCCAGGAACGAGCCGUACUUGGCCGACUUCGGGCUCGCGCGCGUCCUUUCCGGCGUGGUCGCGUUCGGCUCCGCCAAGCUGGACUCGUCCAAGCCACGGAUCGCCGGCUCAUACGGCUACAUCGCGCCAGAGUACGCGACCUUGCAACGGAUCACGGAGAAGAGCGACGUGUACAGCUUCGGCGUGGUGGUGCUGGAGAUUCUUACGGGGAAGCACCCGCUGGAUCCGACGCUGCCGGGUGGCACGCACCUGGUGCAGUGGGUGCGGGAGCACGUGCACGCGAAGCGUAACACGGUGGAGCUCCUCGACCCACGGCUGCGCGGGAAGCCGGAGGCGCAGGUGCAGGAGAUGCUGCAGGUGUUCUCGGUGGCCAUGCUCUGCAUCGCCCACCGCGCGGACGAUCGGCCGGCGAUGAAGGACGUCGUGGCGCUGCUCAAGGAGGUCAGGCGGCCUGCCGAGAGCGGCGACGAGGGGAAGGAACAGUCGGCGUGCAACUCCGCCGCAGAACCACCCGCCGUGCAGGCGCAGCGGUCGCCGGUUCGGAGCCCGCUGCCGAAGGAUGGCUCGUCUAGCUGCUCGUUUGCCAUGUCCGACUACUCCAGCUGAACUACUCAUUGAAGUGCUAGUAGAUAGCGAUUAGCAGACGCAGGAAGGGUGGGAAUUUUUGGAGAUGUAAUAAGAUAGUGUGAUUAGUGUAUCAGUAAGUAGUUAAUUGUUGAUUAAUUCAGGUUAUAACUUGUAAUUCUGUACUCCAAAUGUAUUUGUACUUGUAAAUUAAUUAAUGGAAAUCAA